AAACUCUGUUUUCAGUUUUCACAAAUAUUAUGUUCUUGGUGUGAUUUGUGACAUUUUUUAUUUUCUUUAUGUCCUAGUUAAAGAUUUUUUGUUUUAUCAUUCGGUAGGCAUUUUGCUUGUCUCCCCUUCCAGCUCAGAAUGCUUAAUGCCCUAUUAUAAGUUCUAUAAUUGUCAGAAACUUACAAACCAAUAAUUAAAGUUCAUAAACUUUGAAAUAUUAUAAGAAAACUUAAUACAGUUUUAGUGGAUGCUUUUUGUAAAAGAUAUAAAGUUGAUACAAACCGAACAAGUGUGCCUGGGGGGAGGCACCAAACUUAACCCAACUUGCACACUUACCCACCCACGAGAUGACUAAAGUCCUGCCUUUAUUUUAUCGGUUUAUAGGAAUGUUUUAAACCGGCAAAGUUAAAUUUGCCCGGUUCAGUUCAUACAUAGGCCUCAAAAGUCCAAUUAAUGUGACAUGAUGAUCUAAGGCCCAAUACUAUCAAAUGGGGAGGUUUACAUGAAUUUUGUAGUUUUUCAGUUAUGUUUUGAUACUUGUAUAUCUAAAGGGUGGACUUGCUGUGUUUUGACCCGUCCAUAGUUGCCACCAUGUUGAACUUCUUGCAUUGUAAAUCAUUGUUUUCAAAUUUGUUGUGUUAUCUUUGUGUUGUUUAUUGUUUUAUCAAAAUUUGCACUUAAUCUUUUGGAGCAUGUAAAAUUUUAUAUUUGAAAUUUUGAAGUUACUUUUGGAGAUACUUUGAUAAUUUAAAAAAAUAUAUUGCUUCGUAUAAAUUACCACAUGGUCAUUCUCUUUCACAGAUAUCAUAAUAGAAAGAUGCAACAACAAAACAAGAAACUGGGAAAUAGAUCAUGGAAGACAAAAUCAUCACAUUUUAGCCGAACAAUAUACUUUAAAAGAAAAUAAUAGAUACAUUUAUUUUCUUACACUUGAGACUAGUUUGGAAGCUGUGCGGUUAAUCUUAUCUAUUGUGAUGCUUGAUUCAUGUAUGCUCAGCUCGAACCCAAUUGAUUUUGCUUUUGAAAACUGCAAGUAACUUUUCAAGAAAUUUGUUGACUCUGAUAUUUCACCAAAGUAGCAUGAUUAUCCCAUGAUGACAACAUCAUUUAUUGGACAAUGACAUAAUGCAUGACUUAGCCGUCUAUAAUCCCACAAUAUUGCCAAAGAGAUCUUCAAUCUUACAUUUUUUCAUUUGAAGAUUCUAAACAUCAAGUUAUAUAUGCGUUGAUGGAGCUCUAUCCAACUCUAAAAUUGGAAGGAAAUUAAAGUAUUAAAGGCUAGAAAAUAUGUAAAACAAUGUAUAUCCCAAGAGCACAAAUUAUAAUAUGAUAAAACUACAAGUUUACUUUUAUUGAGACUAAAUCAAUUACAUUGAACAGUAGAUUAAUCACAUUUUCCAGAGAAAUAAUGUCACUAGACUGAAUCCAUACCCAGAUUCAAAGAGGUGUUAAUGUCAUUGAAAACUCGUGCACAUAAAAGUAAGAUAAUAAGUAAAAAAAGCAUCAUAAGACAAAUAUAGACAUUAGAAACAAAAAAUAAAUGAAUAAACAAAAUCGACAAAACUAAAUGAUGUUACCUUGGAAUGUGGUUCAUUUUCUUGGAUGCAUAAUGCUCUUAAGAAAUAUGCAAUAAUAAGUUGGAAGCAACACAAAUCUCAUGGUUCUCAUUAAAUAUGAUUUCCUGUGUUAAUGACAAAGAAAUCAUUCACACAAAAAAAAAUAAGUGGUAGUCAAGCUGUUAAACAUCAAGUUAGUAAGUAAAUACCAAGAUAGAUAUUGUUUGUGAUAGUGCAUAAAAAAGUGCACAAAAAAAUGCACAAAAAAGUGCACAAAAAAAAAUAUUGCUUAUGAUAAAUAACGAACACAAUCUUUUAAAUGUUCAGCUCCAGUAUUGUCAUACUUGCUUUCCAUGUUAAAACUCUUGCUCUUUCCAUGAAUAGAUCUUUUGUGAUGAAAACAUCUUUCAAAAGGAUAUCAGCUAUUUUUAACUGAUUUGUGCGACAUAAUUCUGACCACACAUGAACUAACUUCUCAUAAGCAGAAAUUUUCUACAUGUGUUGUGUAAGAAUAUAAGUUCAAGUUAUUUUUAAAUGACAAAAACAAAUAACAAGUAAAGUAGAAUGCAUGGUAACACGUCUCGUAACCUUGUGAUGAUGUUUUUAGUUUCAAACCAAUUUUGUAGAAUAAACAAAACAAGCUUCUCAAUUUCUGUUCUCCAUGUAGCUAGAGAACAUCCUCAAAGUAGAAUGCAAAUUUGUUACAUGCUUCACUCACAAAAUCAAUAACUGCUUUUCCAGACACAAAAUCCUCGUAUGAGUUAGACUCAACAUUUACAAAUUUCAGACAAAAGAGUCUAACACAAUUCCACACUGUUCCAAUACAUAAUUCGAAUGCCACGGAGACCUGCAAAGUACAACCAUCAAUAUUGUGAAAAUAUACUAAGCUGCAAAAACCUUGUAAUAAAAUGAAAAUUUAGCGCUCAGGUAUGCAACAUUUUUAAAAUGCUUUAUAUUGUGCAAAGCUACACCAGUUUCAUGAAAUGAAGCAAAUAAAUGUUUGAGCUCGGGAGGUGAAAUCUAUAGACUAGCAAUUACAUUCUCAACUAGGCAGGAAGUGAUCUAAACAUGAAAACCUUGAGAUGGUUAGUUUGCCAAGAAUCACGACCUCACAAAAAGAAAAUUCCGAAUAAAAUCCACAUGUAGCAUUAAACCUUCAGUGUUGAGAUGUGGAAAUCAUGCAGAAAAAUCUCAUCAAAAUACUGCGGCUCUGGUUAUCUAACGAUCGAGAGUGCACUCUCCCAUAGCUGAGACGAGCAUUGUGAGCAUUUUAUUACUGUCAGCAUUUCUAAUAGGGUCUCUUUCAAUAAGAAGAUUAUUAUUGUUUUGUUCUAUGUUAAGUGGCCAUAUCAGAGUGUCAAACCACUUUGAAUCGCUUAGACUUUUCUUUUCUUUCUCUCUCUGUUCUUUCUCUCCCUUGUGUAAAUAAGGGAGAGAGAGAGAAGAUUGAACCCAAGUUCAUUUCUUUCUCUUCUCCAUCUGCAACUUCUUGACAAGCUCGCUCCUGUCUCCUCUCCUUUUCUCUGUUGUGAGUCCUCGAAUGCUGCAUGCAAAUCCUUUAACUGAUCUCUAAUACUGUCCUUCUCCCAGUGAUGCUUAGAACAACUUGAUUUUGAGGUGUUUAGAUUGACCAGGGUUUCUAGUUUUCAUACCAGAUAGAUAUUAUUUUAGUUAUCUGUUUAGAGGUGAUAUAUGGGUUCUCUUAGAGGAAACGCUGAAGAGCCUAUCUCUCAGUCAUUACCUAGACAAAACUCUUUAUAUAGUUUAAAGCUUCAUGAGGUUCAAAACCACUUAGGAAGCUCCGCAAAACCAUUAGGAAGCAUGAAUCUCGAUGAGCUUCUCAAGAGUGUCUGGUCUGCUGAAGCUACUAAUCAGCCACCAGAAGCAACAGAGGCAGGGCUCCCUCGUCAAGGCAGCUUGGCUUUGCCUCGAGGUCUCAGCAAGAAGACAGUUGAAGAGGUUUGGAGAGACAUUCAACAUGACAAGAACGGAAGCAGUGGUAAUCCUCAUGGUGAGAGGAUAGAUAGUAAUAAUAAUAAGCGGCCUACACUCGGUGAAAUCACACUUGAGGACUUGUUGUUGAAAGCUGGUGUAGUGACUGAGACUGUACUCCCUCAAAAUGUUGUUAAUGUAGCUUCAAAUGAGCCGUGGAUUCAGUAUCAUCAUCCUCAGCAUCAACAACAAGGGUUUAUGCCAUAUCCGGUUUGUGAGAUGCAAGAAAUGGUGUCACCAAUGAAUAUGAUGAUGGGUGAUGCACCACAAGCGCAUGGGAGGAAAAGAGUGGCUCCAUCAGGAGGAGAUAUUGUGGAGAGGGUUGUAGAGAGGAUGCAGAAGAAGAUGAUCAAGAACAGAGAAUCUGCAGCACGUUCAAGAGCUAGGAAGCAGGUUUAUACUCAUGAGUUAGAGAUCAAGGUUUCAAGCUUAGAAGAAGAAAACAAAAAACUUCGGAGGCUAAAGGAGGUGGAGAAGAUCCUGCCAAGUGAACCACCACCGGAUCCUAAGUGGAAGCUCAGGCGAACAAGCUCUGCUUCUUUCUGAUCUUAAGAGACUUUGGUUCUUUCUUGUUCUUCUUUAUGUUGGUUCUUACUAGAGAGAGAGACAACUUUGUUUUUGUUCUUUGUAUAUUAUGUAAACUUUAUUUACUCAGAACGAUGUCUUAAACUACAUUUCCUUU